UGGGAGGAUCAGAAAGAGUGUUUUCCUUCCUUUUAACGGAUAUCGGUAUGUCUGAUGGAGGUACCUACAGCGUGUUCACCGGCUCACCAAACACUGCCGGUAGAGAGGUUCAGAGUUGUCCACUUGUUGUCACGCAUGUCGUGGACCCGUAUAUAGUGGCAACAGAUACUGUUCAAUACAGAAGGAGUCUUACCUGCUACUCCUUCACAGUCAUGAGCGGCGAGGGUUCCCUGACCACGUCCCAUAGUUGGCGGAAGAACAAUUUGCCGUUGGAGAGUGGAAGGAAGUAUGACAUCACGUCAUAUGAUGGUAGAUCGUACAACUGGGAAUACUAUCAUGUCAGUACACUUGCUGUCCGCGACGUGAGGGAGAGCGAGAUGGGAGACAGAUACUUGUGUCAAGCUACAGUCGACAAGUUGAUGGUGACUGUACUGAGUGAGGAGAAAACCUUCCGGACGACCCCGGCCCUGACUGAUUUUCCAAGCACCACAGUGAUGAAGGAAACGGAUAACGUCAAUGUAACUUGGAACAUUCCCAGACACGACUACGAUUUCUAUGUCUGCCAUCACUCCGGGGAUCUUAUAUUGCACGUGAACGAGACUAUGAUUUAUAUUAUGGACAAAUAUUGGUCGCGAAUCAAGAUAUCAGACGUAUCGACUACAUCGCAUUCUCUCAUUGUGCAGUUUACUCUUUACAACGUUACAUCAUCUGAUGCCGGCAAGCUUGACUGCAGGGUAUACCACAAAGAGUGGCACAUUCUUCCAGACUGGCACCACAUGCUGAUUCUCGCACGUAAGCCAGAGGACCCGCAUAUAUACAGCAGUGGAUCUGUGAUCGCAGGGAAACCGCUGAUGUUGAUGUGUUCAACGCUAUCAAAGAGUCUGCCAGUGGAUCAUGGUCAAAGAAUGUCUUACACUUGGAGGAGAAACAGCCUCCUGCUCGAAAGUACAAACAAAUACCAUUAUACAGGUUCUACUCUCAUCAUCGGCGCUUUCCAGGACGAAUGGCACUACAGAGGCAGGUACUCGUGCCAGGCCAACGAUUUGGAUGAGGUUUCAAACUGGAGCGCUGAAUACGCCGUGGAAGAAACUUAUACAGGAGCAACGGUGAUAUUUGUGAUAUUAGGCUCCUGUGUUGCCGUGCUGGUGCUUGUCACAGUCACUGUUGCCACCUUUUGCCAUGCUUACAACGUACUAAAAGACUCCUUUCACUCAACAUCUGUUGAUAAUUACAUAACACCUGUGGCAGACACGGGGAUUUCUGUCGACGAUGUUGAAGUCAAUACCUAUGAAAUGAUCGAUGUAGGAAGUCGUGUUGAUCAAAUCACUCCCAUCCCAAAUCAGUCUGAUGUGGGCAGCUCUGACCAAAAGGAACCGUCAUCUGAUGACGGCGGACAAGGCGAUUCCCUUGAUAGAGUUAUUGAUGAUCCAUCGAUGUCUCAAUCACAUGUCUACUACACCACGUCUGUGAAGGACAGGCGCCCCCAAACAGAUGCAGCGGGUUACUUACCGUGGAAUGAAGCUAAGGGGCUGCUUAUACGUGAGGAAAAUGGUGGACCAAACUACUCACACAUUUGUGACGUCAUGGACCUUAAUGAGGCGGAUUUCACUUCCGGGUCAAUCACAGUUAUUAGGGAUCCCCUCACUCCUCAAGCGCAUACAUAUUACAAUGCUUCAGAGAAUACAAAACGCCCUCAAACAGACGCAGCUGGUUACUUGCCGUGGAAUGAAGCCAAGGGUAUGCUUAUUUGUGAAGAAAAUAAUGCAACUGAACACCACAACAAUAUCGAUGAAGUUUUUUAUUCAGAUGGAAGUAAUGUGAAACAGACAAAUUUAAACUUUGAAAAUGAGUUUAAUGAGUAGUGCCUCACUGAUCAUAAUCAUUCCAAAGCUUAUAUAUGGAUGUGUUAUGUCAGUACACUAUAGGGUAAGCUUGGUUUGUCAUUACCAGAUGAGCAAAUCGUAUGCUCAGUAUGUCCUAUUGCUUGAUGAACAUCAGUUUGAGAUGGACAGCAAUCAUAAAUAUUUUUACUUACCCUAUUGUCUCACCAUUUAUGUCUGCAAUUUCAACAUUUUCUGUAAUGCAAGAAAAUAAUGUUUUCUGUUGUCUAGAAAUACACAUGUUUGAUCACAGAGAAA